CUCCUUCAGUCAUGUGACUUGGGACAGGUUCAGCGCAGUGAGAGGGCUUGGCAGAGCUGCUUUCAGGCGAGUCAAGAGCAUUACCAUGCCUUGCUCCCUGCUUAACUUCUGCGAAUACGAGACCAAUAAACUGGUCAGAAUAAAAAGCAUUCCAAUUGGAUCUCUUAAAUGGAGUAUUAACGGCUUGAUCCUAGGAUUUAUCUGUAUAAUGCUCUUCUGGAAUAAAGAGUACCAGGAAUAUGAUCAGGUCGUCAGUUCUGUGACCGCAAAAGUGAAAGGAGUGGCAGUGACCAACAUAACCGAUGUCGGGGAGAUAUUAUGGGAUGCUGCAGAUUACAGUGGGCUAUCACAGGGGAAGAACUCCUUUUUUGUGAUGACCAACGCCAUUGUUACAAAUAAGCAGCGACAAGGGAAGUGUGCAGAGGUGCCAGGUUCUGGAAAAAUAUGCUACCGAGACCAAGAUUGUACAAAGGGAUAUUCAGACCAACAUAGCCAUGGUGUCCAGACAGGAUCCUGUGUGAAAUAUGAUACGACACGCAAAACUUGUCAAGUAGUUGCUUGGUGUCCCAUUGAGAGCAAGAACAAACCUCCCAAGCCUGCGCUUUUGGAAUCGGCUGAAAACUUCACCGUCCUCAUUAAGAACAACAUCAGGUUCCCUGCCUUUAACUACAUCAAGAGGAACAUCUUGCCGCACAUGAAUGACACAUAUUUAAAGAGCUGUAUGUUCAGCAGACGAAUGGAUCCCCUCUGCCCAAUACUCCGCUUAGGAGACAUAGUACAGGAAGCUAGAGAGAACUUCUCACAAAUGGCUGUAGAGGGGGGAGUGAUAGGAAUACAGAUUAACUGGCACUGUAACCUGGAUCGAUUCUUUCACAAGUGUCUCCCAGAGUACUCCUUCCGUAGGCUGGAUGAAAAAGAGAGCAACAAAACCCUGUAUCCUGGGCUGAACUUCAGGUUUGCAAGAUACAACAUGAAUAAUGGCAUUGAGGAGCGCAUGCUAUUCAAAGCUUUUGGUAUCAGAUUUGAUGUAAUGGUUUUUGGAAAGGCUGGCAGAUUCAGUAUAAUACAGCUCGUUAUAUACAUUGGAUCAACGCUCUCCUAUUAUGCACUGACGACGGUAUUUAUCGACUGGUUCAUCACAACGUAUUUAUACCCUCGUUGCUGUGCAAGGGCCACGAAAAAUAACUAUUCUGAGAAAAAAUAUGAGACUGUUGAAGAACUGAAUCAGAUUCCACUGUGCAUCUCAUUUGUGGAUGAAGACCAGAUAAUAGUGGUAAAAAGGCCACUGAAAAAGAGCUUACAAGAGACUAAACCUAGCUCCAGCCAGCAUCGAAAGCCAGAGCACAGCUUUGGAAGAACACGGGUGUUGGUGAAUUUGCUGCAGAGCCCCAGCCGCAAUGCUGACACCGAGAUACAAGAGAUGCAGCCACCCAAGGGCAGGGGGAGAAGCGCCCCAGCCUGGUGCCAGUGUGGGCGCUGUCAGCCCAUGCCCACCCCGCAGGAGCAGCUGUGCUGUCGGCGGAGCAAGGGCCAGUGCAUCACCACCUCACCAGCGUUCCCCAGGCUUGUCCUCGACAGACACACUCUGGAGUCAGCGCUGCUGUACAGAGAGCCCCUGCUGGAGCUCCCCCAGGCCCGCUGCCAUGGCCAUCUGAGACACUGCGCCUACAGCCUCUACAUCGAGUGGCGUUUCGGAAGAAUACAGACAGGGACCUUCGCGGCUGUCCCAAGCUGCAGUGUGUGGAGGAUCAGGGACGAAUACCCCAGUGAGGAUGGGCGCUACAGUGGACUGUGUUAUGAGAAUAUGGUAAUUAUCUCUUCAAAUGGCACUUAAUGAAAGGUGAUGCCAAGUUUAUCCGGUGCCUUUGCAUGUAAGGUAAUGUGACGCAGAACUAUGAAAGCAGAAAUAAUUUGGGCGGCAUUUACAUAUGUAGUCUUAUGGUCGCUGGUGGAGGGCACCAGGGAUUGGCUCUGGGACAAGAAUUACAAUGUGAUGAAGAGCAGAAAAUAAUCUUCCCUAGACUCUGCAUAUUGGACGUCAUUUUGACUGUUUUAUGCAAAAUAAUUUACUAUACAGGCUUUGCAUUAUAUGCCUUUCGUGUUGACUAUGUUUAGGUUUCAAUGCCUGCUUCUUGAUUUUAUUUCCCUUUUGCCUUGCCUUGUUGAGUUCAGCUUGGAUCGGUACCAAUAGUUACAAUUUGCCAAUAAUUAAAUUUAGCACUCUUCUAAUAACUAGCAUAUUACAGUAUGUCUGGAUUUACACGAUUGUGCUUAACGAAAUGUCACACUGUGUUCUGUUUUGUGUUACUUUUGUCUGUUUUGUACAGGUGUUUUUGUAAUACCUUGAUUCAGAACAGUAAAGGAACUACAGGUGUUCUAGUGCUGUUUUGUAGAGGAGAUUAUCCAUUUGUCCAUUCAUCCAUUACCAGAAAACCACUUAUUCAUGGUUACCAUUAAGCACAAUAUUUCUGUUUUAUAGCAUUUACUGUAUAUACAGUAAAUAACUUUGUACAAUUUUCUAUUAUUU